AUGCACACCACGCCAUCCGUUACGUUGAGCCCCAUCAAAUUCAUGCAGAUGCUGUCAAAGAUCCUUAGCUUCUUGCCGCCCCUCAAGCGCAACGCCGAUGUCGACCUUCCUGUCCCCGCUCGAUCAAAGGAAGAAUACCUUAGCGGGUUCAAGGGAUCUCACGUUAUUAUCCCAGAUCUUUAUGCUUUGCUCCCCGGUUGGAAAUUCGCGGUAAACAGCAAGUACGAUGUAGUGAAGGAGCGGCUUGGCACUUGGAUGAAUAGCUGGGUUGACAACCCAGAGACUUGCCGACGCAUGCAACUGGCCGAUUUUGCUAUGCUGGCCGGAUGCUUCUAUCCAGAAGCUCAGGAGGAGGAGUAUUUGAUGGCUGCGUACUAUCACCUCUGGGUAUUUGUCUGGGAUGACGAACUCGAUUGUGGUCCCCUUACCAACGAUCUCGAGAAAGUACGGCAAUUUAAGCAGGAGACAGAUGAUUGUCUUGAAUACACCCUCGGCCCUGAGCCUUUCAGUGGGCCACGACCCUCGAUGGGGCCCAUCGUGGGCGCUUUCUACGAGAUUGCAGAGAAAGUCGCUGCAGGGAGCACGGCAGAGGCGCACGCGUUCAUGUUGCGCGAACUACUGGCAUACGUGGAUGGUGCAUGCGCGUUGCCCUUCGAGCGGAAUCUCGAAGGGCAGAAAGAGCUCUUCACCCGCGAGAAGUUCCAAGCGCAACGUGUACGGAGUGGCGGAUGCGGGCCCAGUCUUUCGCUAUUGUUGUACCUUCAUCACCUCGAUAUCCCUUCCUCACUUAUCGAUCACGAAUCUGUGCAAGUCGUCUUCACGCAAGCAGCUCUCAUAGUUCACCUUACCAACGACAUUGUUUCGUUCGUAAAGGAACUGCGAGACGACCAGCUCGACAAUAUCGUUCCGGUGCUCGCCAUCGAGAACAAUAUCCCUCUUCAGGAAGCGAUUGAACGCGCGUGCGACCUCGUACGAGCAGCACGGCAGACACUCGAGGAGGCCGAGACGCGGCUUCCCUUGCCAACGGGAGAUGACAAGCUGGACAAGCAGAUCUUACGGUUUGUGCAGGGCUGCAAGGACGUCGCGGCUGGUAACUUGAAUUGGAGCUAUCGGAACGCGAGGUACUUCGGUCGUAAUCCGCGCCGUGACGGCAACAGGAUAUUCCUGCAGAUAUAA